CGACAAUCAAAAUCAACCACAUAAAGCAGAAACCAACCAAUCCAUGAAUACAUACUCCAAUAUAAACACAAAACUGCUGUCUUUGAAUUGUUACAACCAUUUUCUUCGCCACCAGAAUAUCGUUCCAAGCUCAAUUCCACUGUUAAGCAGUUGGUGGUGUUGUGAGAUUGAGGAGAGGUUGUUGCUAUAGUUCCAAAGAAUGUCAUGUUUUACUUCCGCUGCCAUAUUUUCACCUGGCAACAGCUGCAGCAUCUCUACAUCAGCAAGUCUACUAUUCAAUAAAUCCCAGCCAAAAAAGAGGCAGAAUUUGCAAUAUGGUUUAAGAAUCAGGGCUUCUUCUGCAGAUGAUGCCGAUGACUGCAAUGAAGAAGAAUGUGCCCCUGAGAAAGAGGUUGGUAAAGUGAGCAUGGAAUGGGUAGCUCGUGAGGAAACUAGAGUGAUUGGUACCUUUCCACCGCGGAAAAAGGGAUGGACCGGAUAUGUAGAGAAGGACACAGCUGGCCAAACCAACAUAUAUUCUGUUGAGCCUGCAGUUUACGUAGCAGAAAGUGCAAUCAGUUCCGGAACUGCAGGUUCAUCGUCGGAGGGAGCGGAGAAUACGGCAGCCAUCGCUGCAGGCAUUGGCCUAAUCUCAGUCGCUGCUGCUUCAGUAGUUCUUCUCCAAGUAGGCAAGAAGCCGGCAGUAGUGCAGACUGUUGAAUACUCAGGCCCGUCUCUCAGCUACUACAUCAACAAGUUUACGCCUCCUGUGGUGCAGCAGACCGUUGAAGUCUCUGCGCCCCCUGUGGCUGAAGAAGCCUCAACACCUGUGCAAACGGAAACCUCUGUUGCAGAGGUCUCACAGUCUCAGCCUGAGGUUCAGGCCGACGAUUCUCUGCCAUCUCCAUCAGGCCCAGACGCGUCUUAGCCCGUUGAUCGUGCUACUUUUGUCCGACCUCUAGUCCCACUUUUCGCGUAUAUGGCUUUGCUGAGGCGCGUUGUAUAUUGUAACACUAGACAUCAUACUCAUUGUUGUAUAUGUUACUAUAUUCGUCUGCGGAGUUGCAAAAUGACAGUGGUUCAGAUGAGUUCAAAUA